AUGGCCGGGGCCGGCGCGUGGAAGCGCCUCAAAUCUCUGCUGCGGAAGGACGACGCGCCGCUGUUUUUGAAUGACACCAGCGCCUUCGACUUCUCGGACGAGGCGGGCGACGAGGGGCUCUCCCGGUUUAACAAACUUCGCGUGGUGGUGGCCGACGACGGCCCCGAAGCCCCGGAGAGGCCUGCUAACGGGGCGCACCCGGCCCUCCAGGCCGACGACGACUCGCUGCUGGACCAGGACCUGCCGCUGCCCCGCAGCCGCCUGAGCCUGAAGGCGGACCCCUGCGCCAGCUGCAGCCGCCGCCGGGAGCGGCUGGCCCAGAGGAAGGCGAAGACCCGGCUGACCAUCGCCGCCGUGCUGUACUUGCUGUUCAUGGUUGGAGAACUCGUAGGUGGAUACAUUGCAAAUAGCCUAGCAGUCAUGACAGAUGCACUUCAUAUGUUAACUGACUUAAGUGCUAUCAUACUGACCCUGCUUGCUUUGUGGCUGUCUUCAAAAUCACCAACCAGAAGAUUCACCUUUGGAUUUCAUCGCUUAGAGGUUUUGUCAGCUAUGAUUAGUGUGUUGUUGGUAUAUAUACUUAUGGCAUUUCUCCUGUAUGAAGCUGUCCAAAGAACUAUCCAUAUGAAUUAUGAAAUAAAUGGAGAUGUAAUGCUUAUUACCGCAGCUGUUGGAGUUGCAGUCAACGUAAUAAUGGGGUUUCUGUUGAACCAGUCUGGACACCAUCAUGCCCAUUCCCACUCCCUGCCUUCAAAUUCUCCUACCACAGGUCCUGGGCAUGGGCACAACCAUAGGCAGGACAGCUUGGCAGUGAGAGCUGCAUUUGUACACGCUUUGGGGGAUUUGGUACAAAGUGUCGGUGUGCUAAUAGCUGCCUACAUCAUACGAUUCAAGCCAGAAUACAAGAUUGCUGAUCCCAUCUGUACAUAUGUAUUUUCAUUACUUGUGGCUUUUACAACAUUUCGCAUUAUAUGGGACACAGUAGUUAUAAUACUAGAAGGUGUGCCAAGGCAUUUGCCUGUUGACUAUAUCAAAGAAGCCUUGAUGAAAAUAGAAGAUGUCUAUUCAGUGGAAGAUUUAAAUGUCUGGUCUCUCACUUCAGGAAAGCCCAUGGCCAUCGCACACAUACAGCUAAUUCCUGGAAGUUCAUCUAAAUGGGAGGAGGUACAGUCCAAAGCCAGGCAUUUGUUGUUGAACACAUUUGGCAUGUAUAAAUGUACUAUUCAGCUUCAGAGUUACAGGCAAGACAUGGACAGAACUUGUGCAAACUGUCAGAAUGCCAGUUCUAUUUGA